GGCGACCACUUCACUCUCUGCUGACCAAAAAGACAUCCAGCGAUUUUUCUCAAAGAAGAAAAUUGAAGGAAAGGAGAAAAAAAAAGAAGAAAAAAAAGAAGAGAAGUCGGGUAUAAUUAUAUUGCUCCAGAUAUUCUCUAGAUCGGCAGUUCAUCUCUUUGAGAUCACAUCUCCGUUGCUGAGCGCAGGGCAACGAUUUUCUCGAGAGGAUUUGUUGGGGGAUUCGAGUUUUUGCCGAGGUUUCGGACAGCCCGAGCUUGCUGAGGGGAUUUUAUGAUGGAUCUGCGAGGCUUGUUGCUGUAGAGAAAGGUUUUUGUUGGAGAAAUGGAGAUGUGGAUGCGGGAAGCAUUGGAGCGGUGGUUUCUUUUCUUCGUCCUAGUGCUCCAUCCUCUUGCUAGAAUUCUCGCUAACAUGGAAGGUGAUGCCUUGCAUAGCCUACGUACAAAUCUGAAAGACCCUAACAAUGUACUGCAGAGUUGGGAUCCAACUCUAGUCAAUCCAUGCACAUGGUUCCACGUAACAUGUAGCCCUGACAACAGUGUUAUUAGAGUUGAUCUUGGAAAUGCACAGUUAUCUGGUCAAUUGGUCCCCCAACUUGGGCAGUUGAAAAAUUUACAGUAUCUAGAACUUUACAGUAACACUAUCAGCGGGACAAUUCCUAGUGAUCUUGGCAAUCUUACAAAUCUGGUCAGCUUAGACUUGUAUCUAAACAACUUCACUGGCAAUAUACCAGAGUCAUUAGGGAAGCUAACACAGCUCCGUUUCCUUCGACUCAACAACAACAGCUUAACUGGCCAAAUUCCAGUAUCUUUAACGAAUAUCUCUGCACUUCAAGUCCUGGAUCUGUCAAACAACAACUUAUCUGGUGGAGUUCCAUCCAAUGGAUCCUUUUCUCUGUUCACGCCCAUCAGCUUUGCAAACAAUCCUCUUUUAUGUGGUCCGGGCACAACAAAGGCCUGUCCUGGUGGCCCUCCACUUUCUCCCCCACCUCCACUUGUCGUGCCAACGCCACCCUCAUCUCCAGGAAGCAGUGCCUCCAGCACUGGAGCAAUAGCAGGUGGAGUUGCUGCUGGAGCUGCUUUGCUAUUCGCUGCACCUGCCAUUGGGUUUGCAUGGUGGCGCCGUCGUAAACCGCAAGACUACUUCUUUGAUGUGCCUGCUGAGGAGGAUCCAGAAGUCCAUCUGGGCCAGCUUAAGAGGUUCUCGCUCAGAGAGUUGCAGGUUGCUACUGAUGGUUUUAGCAACAAGCACAUUCUGGGUAGAGGCGGUUUUGGGAAGGUUUACAAGGGACGACUUGCAGAUGGUUCACUGGUGGCAGUAAAGAGGCUUAAAGAGGAGCGCACUCCAGGAGGAGAGCUUCAGUUCCAAACAGAAGUAGAGAUGAUUAGCAUGGCUGUGCAUCGAAAUUUACUUCGGCUUCGUGGAUUUUGCAUGACGCCCACUGAACGUUUGCUUGUGUAUCCAUAUAUGGCCAAUGGGAGUGUUGCUUCUUGCUUACGAGAACGUCCACCGAAUCAACCACCACUUGAAUGGACUACUAGGAGAAGGAUUGCAUUGGGAUCUGCUCGGGGCCUUUCCUACUUACACGAUCAUUGUGAUCCGAAGAUAAUCCACAGGGAUGUUAAAGCUGCAAAUAUUUUGUUGGAUGAGGAAUAUGAAGCAGUCGUGGGAGACUUUGGCCUUGCUAAGCUUAUGGACUACAAGGAUACACAUGUAACAACUGCCGUACGUGGAACAAUCGGGCAUAUUGCCCCUGAGUAUCUAUCUACUGGGAAAUCUUCAGAGAAGACUGAUGUCUUUGGCUAUGGGAUCAUGCUUCUCGAGCUAAUCACAGGACAAAGGGCAUUUGACCUUGCACGGCUUGCGAAUGAUGAUGAUGUCAUGUUGCUUGACUGGGUGAAAGGACUUCUGAGAGAGAAGAAGUUAGACAUGUUAGUAGAUCCUGAUCUGCAGAAUAAUUAUAUAGAAGCUGAGGUUGAAUCUCUGAUCCAAGUUGCACUUCUGUGCACACAAGGCUCACCCGUGGAAAGACCAAAAAUGUCGGAAGUGGUGAGGAUGCUAGAAGGUGAUGGUCUUGCUGAGAGAUGGGAGGAGUGGCAGAAAGUUGAGGUCAUCCGCCACGACUUGGAGAUGGCUCCUCACAGAACCAGAUUGGAUUGUCGAUUCCACCGACAAUCUUCCUGCAGUGGAACUAUCAGGCCCCAGAUGACCUGUAUUCAUAGCAGCGCCUAAAGAGGAUGAUAUUUGUUUAUGGUCGGUCAUCUUCUAAAACGACCUUUUGUCUAGUUCUUAAAAACCCAUUUCUCUUUCAUUGCUAAGAUCACAGUUCUGUAUAUUGAUCCAGGGGCAUUAUAUUUGUUUAGCAAUUUGUCAAUGUGAUAGUUUUUUUUUUUUCUCUUCCGGAACCAUAUUGCAGGGGAUUAAUAGGUUGCUCUGCAGGAAAUUCCGACGGUAAUGAUGCUUCCAUUUAUGGGUAUGUGUUAUUUAUCAUCUUUUAUAGCAAUGUAUAAUGAAUUUGUUAAGAACUGAAAAAUAGAUUAUGGCGAUUUUUAUUUAGCAUUG